GGAUGGACACGGCACGCCCCGCGCUCAGGUGCAACAAAUAGUGGACCUCUUGGCCCCCAGUGGCUCCAUCUUUCCAUCCGUCCUUCUGCUCUUAUGUGCGCCAAGAAGUGCGGGCUCCCUACGGUGUCAACUUUCAGAGUAAUGAGAGGAGAAAGAGGUGUUGGGAUUUGGAGGCCAGUUGAAUGUGAGCUGUGAGGCUGGUGCUGAGAUUCUAACAUGGACAUCAAGAAAGAUGGAGGAGGAGAAUCAUGGUCGCCUUCAGGGAUUUUCUCUGCUCCCUCCAGCCCCAGCUGGUACAAGUGCAUCGUCAUCACCUGUGUCUUCCUCUUCCUCGCUGUAGGCAUCUUUGUAGGCCUUGCUAUAGCAUACGUGGUGCGGGAGCCUCGUCAUUACUUGGAGACAGUGGAGUUGAAAGGUCUGAAGUACAAUUCUACUCUGCAGAAUGUGAACUCUGGUUUCUCUAUAAUACUUUCAACAGCUUUAACAUCCAAGAUUAAAGAUAUCUUUGUGGCCUCCUCCAUAUCAAAGUACUUUGAAGGCUGCAACAUUGUUGCCUUUGGUAACAAAAAUGGUGAUGUGAUGGCAACAUUGAGACUGGUCUUCAGUGUGUCCAAACUCCAGCAGUAUGCAGAAAACUUUAUUCGAGACCUGCUUAGGGCAGGACUCAGCUCAGUGAUGAACGGGAAACCUCUAGAUGUGCCAGGUUUCGGACAAAUCAGCGCCAUUGUCAUGUUAGGAGCCACUGGGAAGUCCUUUUAUGUCAUUGGGGAUGAGCUGAUAGCCAGGUGUCCAGAGAAAGCUUUCACCUGUGACAAUGGAGAAUGCAUUACGAAAAUAAACCCAGAGUGUGACUUCGUUCCUGACUGUUCCGAUGCAUCUGACGAGGCUCACUGUGACUGUGGCACACGUCCAGCCAUGGGGAGUCGAAUAGUGGGAGGUGUGGAUGCUCGACAAGGGGAGUUGCCUUGGCAGGUCAGUCUGAGGUACCACUGGCGGCACACCUGUGGAGCCUCCAUCGUCAAUGAGCGCUGGCUUGUUAGUGCAGCUCACUGCUUUCAAGGUGCUACUGAUCCCAGCGAGUGGACAGCUCUGGUCGGGGCCAGACUUGUAAGUGGUGCAGACUCACAGAACAAAGCCAUCAACAUCAAGUCCAUAUUUGUGAAUCCGGACUAUGACCCCGUGACCAAUGAUUUUGACACGACUGUCCUGGAACUGGCGAGCCCUAUUUCCUUCAGCCCUUACGUCCAGCCUAUCUGCAUCCCCUCUUCAUCUCAUGUCUUUGAACCUGGUCAGAACUGUGUUGUGUCUGGAUGGGGCGCUCUUCAGGCAUUUAGUUUCCAGCUGCCCACUGUGCUACAGAAAGCAGUGGUGAAACUCAUCGACUCCAAGGUGUGCAAUCAGUCAUCUGUGUACAAAGGUGCUAUUACUCAAAACAUGAUGUGUGCUGGGUUCCUGCAGGGGAAGGUGGACUCAUGUCAGGGUGACUCUGGGGGACCUCUUGUAUGUGAAGGAGCUCCAGGGAGGUUCUUCCUGGCUGGUGUGGUGAGCUGGGGUGUGGGAUGUGCACAGAUCAACAAACCAGGAGUUUAUGCUCACAUCACCCGACUCAGAAAGUGGAUUUUGAAGCACACUAACCCCAGCUUGGCCAAUGAUCCGGCAAAGGCUGUUCCCACUAUAGUGGCUCCAGUGUCUAAGAGGCCAACUGGUAACACUCCUGCACCCAGGACCAUGGCCAUGGAUGAUCCUCCUGUAGAAGCACUGUCAGCCAUGAACUGCAGUGAAAACUUCCAGUGUAGCUCCAGUUUGUGCAUUAGCAAAGUUAACCCGGAGUGUGACAGUGUUCCCGACUGCCCCAAUGAAGCCGAUGAAAAAAACUGUGACUGUGGUGUGCGUCCUGCUGUGGGUUAUCACAGGAUCAUAGGUGGAGUAACAGCUCGCAGGGGAGAGUGGCCCUGGAUUGGAAGUCUCCAGUACAAGAAACUCCACAUCUGUGGCGCCACACUCAUUCACAAGAAGUGGUUACUGACUGCAGCACACUGUGUAAAUAGUGACUCCAGUCCCACCAACUGGGCUGUAAGCCUUGGAUCUGUGCUACGAUCCGGGAUGGGGGCUCUCGUCAUUCCUAUACAGAGAAUGAUCGUCCACCCAGCUUUCAACGGCACCAACAUGAACCACGAUGUGGCCCUUCUGGAGCUGUCAGUCCCAGCCCCGUUGUCCUACACCAUCCAGCCCGUUUGUCUUCCCUCACCUGCGCAUCACUUCCUGAGGAGCACAGAGUGCUUCAUCGCAGGGUGGGGGUCCAUGAAGGAAGGAGGUUUUUUGACUAACCUGCUGCAGAAAGCUACAGUGAGCAUUAUUGACCAGGCAGACUGUCUGCAGUCCUAUGGAAACGUGUUGACUCCUAACAUGAUGUGUGCUGGAUUUAUGGAAGGAGGAAAGGACACGUGUCUGGGAGAUUCUGGAGGCCCUCUGACAUGUCGUCACCUCUCUGGUCAGUGGUUUAUUGCCGGAGUGACCAGCUGGGGACACGGAUGUGGACGAACUGGUUUUCCAGGGGUUUACACUCGUGUGACGUCAAUCAGAAAAUGGAUUUCUACACACCUACCCUUUUAAAGAAAAAAAAAUGCUGAGAAAGUAAACUAUUCUGCCUGUAGAAAAUAAAAGCUUGCGGUCACAUUGACAUCAAAGAGAUCUCCACAAAAUUGUACUGUAACUGACUAACUGGACCAAAGUCAUGCAGAAUUCACACAUAUACUCAGUUAACACUGUACCGACCUGUGGUCAUGGGUGCUCCUGUAAUACUGUGCAAUCGUUUGAUAGAAGGCCGUUCUACUUUAACGUGUACUGAAGACAUGCUGUGGGUGAUUGAUACUCUACCAACAGAUGAUGAACAGUGAUUGGAAGCCUUCAUUAGUUAUUUAUUUUGCUGAUGGGUAAAAAAUAUAUUGGUAAUGGUGUGUUUUUAUAUACAGUAUACUGUGUGGGUUUUUAGAUUAUUUACCAAUCCGCUGGAACAUUUUAACCACUAAUUAUCUCAUUUGAGUGCAUCCUGACAUUUACAAUUAUAUUUUGCCUUCCACCAUUUCUGUAAUUUGAGACCAGUGUCCUCCUACAAGGCAUUGCACCUCAUCAUGCUACAAAAAUG